AUGGAGAAGCCAUUUGGGUUUACCGCCCGUGAAAAGCAUGCAGCUAUGCAAAAUGAUAGCUCUCAAAAACGGCGUACACGCCCUUCGAAUGGCAUCAUCUUCUCCGCCGUGCUCCUGCUUAUCGCAUUUGCCAUGUGGUCCUCACAGAUACCCACUCGAAUCUGGACACCUCGCAAGCAUAAGUGUGGAGGGAAUCUGACUGUCGAAGAAAGAGCUGUGAGAAUACUCAAGCAAAAUCCGCUCAUCGAUGGGCAUAAUGACCUGUUGAUCUUCAUCCGCGCCAAAUACCAGAAUCACAUCUACAACAACUCUGACAGUGAUUUUGCCAGGAAAUUCGAAAAUGGCGGGCUCGACAUGCACGUUGACAUUCCGCGCCUAGAGAAGGGACUCCAGGGCGGCGCCUUCUGGAGUGCAUUCUGGCCAUGUCCCCUGGGCGACGGCACAAACUUCUCAGACUCAAGAUAUUCCGACAUCGUCAAAUCCACCCUCGAACAACUCGACCUCUUCAACCGCCUAGGCUCCUCCUACCCCAAAUACUUCACCCCAACCCGAACCAGCGCAGACGCCCUCCGCGCUUUUAACACCGGCACCUUCAUCGCCCCCGUCAUCAUCGAAGGCCUCCACCAAAUCGGAAACUCAAUCUCCACCCUCCGCCUCUACCACCAACUCGGCGUCCGCUACGCAACCCUGACUUGGAACUGCCACAACAAGUACGCCGACGCCGCCAUCGAGACAGCAAAAGACUGGAGUCCCGUGAUUGCGAAACCCCACUGGCACGGCCUCAGCCCCGCCGGACGCGACCUCGUCAAAGAAAUGAAUCGCCUCGGCAUGCUCGUCGAUCUCGCCCACGUCAGUCAAGACACAAUGCGCGACGUCCUCGUCGGCAACGGCGCGCCCGGUUGGAACGGCAGUAUUGCUCCCCCGAUCUUCAGUCACAGCUCUGCAUACGCAGUUUGUCCUCACCCACGCAAUGUGCCAGACGAUAUCUUGCAACUGGUUAAACAGCGCAACUCGCUCGUCAUGGUUAAUUUUAACCCCGAUUUCGUAUCUUGCAAGGCUUCAGAUACCCCGAAUUCUUUUCCGGAAUUCGUACCCGAGAAUAAUACCUUGGCGCAUGUUGUGCGCCAUAUCAAGCAUAUUGGAGAGUUGAUUGGGUACGAUCAUGUUGGGCUAGGCACGGAUUACGAUGGUAUUGAGGAGACGCCGAAGGGACUGGAGGAUGUAUCUAAAUUUCCGGAUUUGAUUGCAGAGUUGUUGAGGCAGGGGGUUAGCGAUGAGGAUGCGGGUAAGAUUGUAGGACGCAAUUUGCUGAGGGUGUGGGCCGAGGUUGAUAAGGUUGCGGCGGAGUUGCAGAAGACGAUGCUGCCGCUUGAAGAUGAGUUCGAGAAGGAAUUUUGA